CCCCCACGGAGCCUCUUUUACCUGCGGUACACACCUGAGAACGCCAUUUUGAAUUAGACGAAAACAUGGCGCCCAGUAUGCAGGGUCUAGCCCUGAUUUGUUUAAACUUGAUGCUUGUAUGGCGAUCUGCAGUUUCACAAGUUCCUAACCAGCCGUGUGUAAUACCGGAGGAGUACCAUGGUGACUGGUAUACACGCGAGGCUGGUGUGGACACACAGACUAUCGUCAAUGCUGAGAAAUGGGAGAUACAGGGUAGCAAUGCCAAGACACUCCAGUGCACAGACUUGCAUAUUCAUCCGUUCACUGGAUUAACUAAACAGGACGGACGUAACUCUACCAUGCUCAUGAAGGAAACGAAUGUGGCCCCAGGUACCACUGUGUGUUUCUUCUGUGUUGAUGUACUGUGGAGAACCCCAAACAUUCUACAAUACAGAAAAGAGGACUGUGUAAGGUCAGGCUCUGGGUUUGACAUCAGUUUGAACACAUCAUGUAAAGGAAUGAAAGCAGACUAUGGUCUUCCCACUACCGACGACGCCAUAACCAUGUUCCGUCUUGCUCCGAAGAAGGUGAACUGCAUCUCGACAUUUGAGGGCGUGUACCGGUUUUCAUAUGAAGUAGACGUUGGUGGUGGUGGUAUCUGUGACAAUCCUCUCAGUAAGAUAGAAGCUUGUCAAGAUCCUGGAUCAGCUUAUGUUGACAACGAAGUCUUCAUGAUGACGUAUGCAAAGUGUCCGGAUGUCUCGACCUCCAGGAAUGAACAAACUCGUUAUCAAUGUAUGGGUACCUGGUUUGCCAGAAGAAGUGGACGAGGUUACACAUAUGCUGCUAUUGCUGAUACUGUAGAGAAAGAUACGAGAGAGAAGUUUAAGUGUCUCAUGACAUUGAAGAAUCAGAAAGAUGCUAACAACCAGAUCCGUUGGGUGAUGUCCAGGUUUCCCGACUGUUCUAAACUGAACAGCAUCUACAAUGGCCCAACAAAGUUUGUCCUCACCAGAAUUCCGCCAGUAUCUGACUACAUGACACCAAAAUGUAACCUGCCUCGGAACAUCACAGGGACCUGGUUUACACAGGGCUCGGCAUACCGGUCCAAUGUCAAGAUCAACGAGACUCACAUUACAUUCUUCACCGCCAUCAAUGAGUUUGAAUACCAAGAAGUUUUCUAUUCAUGCCAGCAAACACUUGGUACUCGCUUCCUCAUGACGAAAGUCACUGUAGGCAAAUGUGAGAAGGACUUUGUGUGUUUUGACCUGAUGCCAAGACAUCACAGCAUUGUGAGGUACAGAGUUGGUAAACCAAACCGACUAACUGAGGAUGAGAAAGCUGACCCAAACUACCUCACCAAGAAGUUCCGUGAAGCCUGUAGUUGGAUGUCCUUCACAUUCAACCGUGAUGAUACCGACUGGAAAUAUAAUGUCCUAAUAUUGGACCCUCCUUCCCCCGUUCCCUGCCCAGUUGCUGGUAGAUACCAGUUUGAACAGAUGGCAUCUCGUGAAGAAGAGAAAUACUCCACACGUAUCCGUGGUGUAACAGACAAGCCUCGUGUCCAAGUUGACUGUCGAAUUAUUGUGUCAGAAAUGAAGUCAUGCUCCAACGACAUGACCAAGAUCGAGGUGGAUGCUGAAUACUGUGAGACUGUCGACUAUCGAGGCAGACCUAUCGGAGAGUACGACGUGUCGGAUCACAUCCUGAUGUGUGUGGGAUUCUGGAUGGAAGAUUACAGAUCUUACCUCAUUACGUGGGACGAGGAGGACGCUAUCUCGGCCUUCAGGUGUUGGGUGUAUGAGCGGACGAGUUGGACUGGUGUGAUGAUGUCUCGAUCUCAAAAUGCCAGGUGUCCAAGGACACAGCGUGCUCAAGAUUACUUGAUGCCUGGAACUGGUCUCUCUCUCCGCAUGACAGAAUCAGAAAGGCUGUUUGAUGACUGUCCACAAAGAUUUGACCCUGGUAUCAACCCCUACAAAAAACCCACAACAAUCUACGUUCUCAGCAAGUCUUCGGCAGUCUCUCCAUCCACAUUCUUCCUCAUCUUGACUGCUUGCCUCCUGUUCUUCAUUCACUAAAUCAUUUGUUAUUGUCGGACCCUUUUCAUGCAUACAUUUCCAGAAGCAGACUGCUACUAACUUAAAUUCAGAAUUUAAGAUAUGUGAUUGUGCAGAGGAGUGUUUUAAAUAUGAAAUACCAAAUCAAAUAUGGUAAGAUUUCUGACAAUAGGUCAGGGUGAGGAAAGUUUGGACACUUUACUAUAUUCUUCAAACAUUAUUUUCAUCCACCGAUAAUGGCAAAGUCACUUAAGCAUUUAAUUGACCUUGACGUUAGGUUGACCUUGACAAUGAUGGCACCAUAUAACUAUGGUAUGUGAUUUUCAUUACCGUUCUGAACUGAUGUUUUAUGUUAACAACACUCGAACAGAUGUUAAAAGUCUAUAUUUUGAAUAUUUAGCUAUUUUUCCAUACACACAUGCUACAUUGGGUUUUUACUGAUAUGUUAAAAGUCUAUAUUUUGAAUAUUUAGCUAUUUUUCCAUACACACAUGCUACAUUGGGUUUUUACUGAACCUCAUACACCAAAACAUAUCAAUACCCUAGCUCGGUAUUUACAUGAAGAUCUUAGUGAACAUGAUACACUUAUAAAAGGGGGAUUUAGGGGAGACUAACUUUCAUUCCAGGUAUCCUUUCUGAUAAUGUUGACUUUUUUUAUUAUUUCUAUAAUUGUAAUCUCAUUUUUAUUGCAUAUUUUAUCAGGAAUAUAUUCAAAUUAGUCAGGGAAAGAUCAUUGUAUGUAUUUGUACACAUGGGGUAGUAUAUCAGACAGUUAACUUGUAGCAGUGCUAGUUGAGCUGUUUACAAAGAUAGGUUUAUCAUUGUACAUUAUAUUUACCACAAAAGGUAAUUUCAGUGAUGAAGACAUAGAUACAUUCCCUCUCAUCGUAAUGUGAUAUAUUUGGAAUGAAUUCACAUAUUAUUUGUAUAGACAUUUGUAUGCCUAUUUUUAGAAGAUUUUUACUUGUCAUAAUUACAAUGUAUUAUAAAAUGCAGGAUGACGCAAUAUAGAUUGUCAAGAUUACAUGAAUGUUGUGGUUGAUGAAAAGUUUAAAAGUGAAUGAAAAAAUAAUGAAAGAGCAUUAGAAAUGUGUGAAUGUGAGUGUGCAUGUGUUCUUAUAAUUGUGCUUUGUGAAUAAACAAUGUAAUUAUGUAAAUAAUCAUAGUCAAUUAUAAUUAAUUAAUUAGGUGUACAGAGGGAAUGUUAAACAUAUCAGAGAUGUACAUAUUCUGUAGGGAGAGAUGUAACUUCAUGUUCCAUUGAUUGACAGAUGUACAUAUUCUGUAGGGAGAGAUGUAACUUCAUGUUCCAUUGAUUGACAGAUGUACAUAUUCUGUAGGGAGAGAUGUAACUUCAUGUUCCAUUGAUUGACAGAUGUACAUAUUCUGUAGGGAGAGAUGUAACUUCAUGUUCCAUUGAUUGACAGAUGUACAUAUUCUGUAGGGAGAGAUGUAACUUCAUGUUCCAUUGAUUGACAGUUAAGGUAACUACAUGAUUAUUUUAUAUUUGUUAUUUAAAGGAAGGUUAAUUAGAUAAAGUUUGAUACAGCACACUAUCAAUUUGGUACAGCUUUGAUUGAGUAUUUAAGUGGGGAGAAGUGAGAUAAAAAAUUGUCUAUAAAAUAAAGUUAUAUAAUUUGAAUUUAACUAGGCAGAGGAGAACAAAAAAAAUUUACAGAGAACUGAAGGUACUGAUUACUGAGUUGUGUUUAUUUUACAUUCUGAUUUGG